UGAGGCGGCUAGGCGGGGCGGUGGCGGCGGGAGGGUUGGUGGGGGGGGCGGAGUGGUUGGGGCCGGCGGCGGCCGCCGCGGCGGCGGGGUCAGUUCUCUUUAGUGUUUGCCGAUGUUGGAGGCGUCUCCAAAGUGUCCCUGGGAAGCAGUGACAGGUGAUGGCACAAGUUAAGAUGCAGACUACAGCAAACCUGUCCGGACCUACCAUGUCCCCUAUGGUGCUACCCCUACCAGUUACAACUACGAAUACACUUGGUCUGCCGUCCACAAUGAACGGAUCCAUUUCGGAAUCGGCUGCCAGCUGUAGCAGUCCUACUGCCAUCCUUGGGGAUCCUGCACCUUCUAGCAACUCACCAGACUCUUUAUUUACAGCUCCUCUCCAAGAUAACAUGGCAAACCCCAAAGAGAAAACUCCAAUGUGUCUGGUAAAUGAGUUAGCCCGUUUCAAUAGAAUUCAACCCCAGUAUAAGCUUCUGAAUGAAAGAGGGCCUGCUCAUGCCAAGAUGUUCACAGUGCAGCUGACACUCGGAGAACAGACCUGGGAAGCUGAAGGAAGCAGUAUUAAAAAGGCCCAACAUGCUGCUGCUAGCAAAGCACUGAAUGAAACCACCCUACCCAAACCAACACCUAGACCACCCAAAAAUAAUGUUAACAAUAAUCCAGGCAGUAUAACUCCAACAGUGGAGCUGAAUGGUCUGGCUAUGAAAAGAGGAGAGCCUGCCAUCUACAGGCCAUUAGAUCCAAAGCCAAUUCCCAAUUAUAGAGCAAAUUAUAAUUUCCGGGGCAUGUACAAUCAGAGGUAUCACUGCCCAGUGCCUAAAAUUUUCUAUGUCCAGUUAACUGUUGGCAACAGUGAGUUUUUUGGUGAAGGGAAGACUCGUCAAGCUGCUAGACAUAAUGCUGCAAUGAAGGCCCUUCAAGCUCUCCAGAAUGAGCCUAUUCCAGAAAAAUUACCUCAGAAUGGAGAAACAGGAAAAGAAUCAGAAGAAGAUAAAGAUGCAAACAAGUCUGAGAUCAGUGUAGUGUUUGAAAUUGCUUUGAAGCGCAAUAUACCCGUCAGUUUUGAGGUGAUUAAAGAAAGUGGACCUCCUCACAUGAAGAGCUUUGUUACACGAGUUACAGUAGGAGAAUUCACUGCAGAAGGAGAAGGCAACAGUAAGAAACUCUCAAAGAAACGUGCUGCAAUGGCUGUCCUACAAGAACUUAAGAAACUUCCUCCUCUUCCUGUCAUUGAAAAGCCAAAACUUUACUUUAAAAAACGUCCAAAACCAAUAUUGAAGACUGGACCAGAAUAUGGUCAAGGAAUGAAUCCCAUCAGUCGUCUGGCUCAGAUCCAACAGGCCAAAAAGGAGAAGGAGCCAGAGUAUGUUCUUCUGUCAGAGAGAGGAAUGCCUCGCCGUCGAGAGUUUGUUAUGCAGGUCAAAGUAGGCAAUGAGAUUACUACUGGAACAGGCCCCAACAAGAAAAUAGCUAAAAGAAACGCAGCGGAAGCAAUGUUGCUACAGCUGGGUUACAAAGCCUCUACUCCUCUUCAAGACCAGUCAGAAAAGCUUGGAGAAAACAAGAGUUGGAAUGGACAGAAUGUUGGGUUUCCUGAGCCAACAAAUAACACACCAAAGGGAAUACUCCAUCUCUCUCCUGAUGUUUAUCAAGAGAUGGAAGCAAGCCGCAACAAAUCAGCUCCUGGUACCACUGUAAGCUAUUUGUCGUCCAAAGAAAUGAGCCAGACUUCUAGCUCUUUCUUCAGCAUAUCUCCUACAACAAAUAGCACAGCUACGAUUGCCAGGGAACUUCUCAUGAACGGAACAUCCCCAACUGCUGAAGCCAUAGGUCUAAAAGGAAUAUCUCCUGCUUCCCCCUGUUCUGCAGUGCAGCCUUCAAAACAGCUGGAGUAUUUGGCAAGGAUUCAAGGCUUUCAGGUACACUACAGUGAUAGACAAAAUGGCAAAGAGUGUAUGACCUGUUUGACACUGUCUCCUGUGCAGAUGACUUUCCAAGGUAUCGGGAGCUCCAUUGAAGCCAGCCAUGACCAGCCCUUUCAGCAUCAGGACUCCGACCUGAUCACGUCGAAACAUCUCACGCAAGUAGGUCUCCUUCUCCCACCUUCCACUUGACAACUCUGUAACCUUUAGGGUGAGUCCAGCAUGGCCACAGCUGAGUGCCCGGUGCUCCAAGAGACAGUCCAUGUGCUGCUUUUGAUAUGUAGCACCAUGCUUCACUCUUGUUGUGUGGAGAAAGCUGCACCUCUUGGGUUGACGUUGCAGGCAGGAGUCAUCCCAUCAGGUUUUAGUUAGGCUCACUACGUUGUUGUCUGGUAUUUGGUAGUUUUUCCUCGUCUGCUGCGUUCCCCACAACUGUGUGUGGAAGCAUUUGUACAUGCUCUCUGUAUUCUUUAUCUUCUGUUUUGCAUUAUCUCAGUCUGGAUGUACGUGAUAGAACAUUUGCUUUUCCCUGGCAGCUGCCAAGUUUUCCUUGAUGAGCUCGAGAUCAAACGUUUCUAUUUGUUCAGAAUGUGUAAUCUUGCAUUUUCAAAAAGUGAGUUACUAAUUAACUGCCGAAUGGGAACAGAAUGUAAACCAAGGCGCAGCUGUCUCCCUGCCAGACCCUUUCAGUGCUCUCAUUCAGGGCUUCCCGAGCAGCUUCCCAAUGUGACUGCCUCUUGCUGAAGAUGCAGAAUAGGAUUUUCAGUGCUCUGUGUAUGCAUGUUUGUUUAUACAGUAAUGUCAGCUGGGUAUGAAAUGCUACUGAUGCAGUCUCUGGGUAUCUUACAUGCUUUGAAAUGAAAAAGAUGAUAAACAAAGACCAUGUUUGUUUUGGGGGCUGUUUCCUUCUCUGUUGAGGGGAAAAAAAAAAAAAAAAAAGGUGAAAUAUCAUAGUGACAACUAUAGGUGAAGUUUCACAAGAGUAGUGAGGUUCACAGAAUCACAGAACAGCUGAGGCAGGAAGGAACCUCUGGAGGGCAUCUGGUGGAGCCCCCCUGCACAAGCAGGGCCACCCAGCUGCCCAGGACCAUGUCCAGACAGCUUUUGAAUAUCCUCAAGGUGGGAGACUCUACCUUGGUGUUCCUUCCCAUUGACUUCAUCUCCAGUCCUGGCCGCUUCCUAAACCACUGAGCUGGCAGAAGGUAACUCAGGUUUUUAGCCAGCUAAGUGAGUUGAACUGGCCCACUGGGGUUUCAGUGAGUACCAGAGCUGGAGCAAGGGAGACAUCAGGACUGCCCAGCCCAGAGAAGAGGAGAGAGAGCCAUCCCCUUGCACAGCAGCAAGCUAUUAGAUCAGCUCACCCACCAUGUAAAAUGUCACUUGAAGAGGAUGAGGCAAAAAUUAACUGUGCAGAAAAAUUGUUUUCUUGUAGAAAUGUUUGUCUUAAACCUGUUCACUGUGCAGUAGCAUGACCUGGCAUAAAGAAGAGAAAAGGAAUGCACACAGAUGAAGGAGGAAGAACAGGAUCAUAGAGAGACCUAGAGAAGUUUAGCUGUUUUGGAACUGCACCCUUAGUAGUUGCUUUCAUUAAAAUACCUUAGCAGGCUUUCAGUGCUGUGUAGCAUGUGGAAGUGAAAAGAAAGGCAUUAACAAUGUGCAAUGAGCCAGCCUUCCAUGUACCACAGGCCAGCUGUUCUCUAUCCUUAGUCUGCAAUCUGUUUCUGGUUUGGUUUGUUUUGCUGUUACUUUAGGCCGAGCUGACCAGUGGUGAAAUGUAAAAAUCUUGAAUUUCCUUGCUGCUGUGGCUGAUAGGGAAGGGAAAAAGCUUAAAAGGGAAAUAUAUUGGAGAAGUUUGGGAAAGCUGAAAGUGUCAGUUUGCUGCCUUGUCACACUGCAACAGGAGACUCAGCCCACUUGCAGUACCAAGAAAUCUAACAGCUUUUUCCCUGGCAGGAAAAAACAGAGGGAAGGCAAAAAAGGUAGCUUCUUCUCCUAGUCAGCUGUUAAAAGUUGAUAGACCUACACCUACUAGAUAAAAGUUGGUGACAGAGCUGGAGACAAAAAUCAAGUGGGAGGAGACCAUCCCAAGUAGCUUGUCUUGCAGUUGGGAUUGACAAGGAUCUGGAUUUUUCAUCUUGACCCCUGACGGGCAGGAUUUUCCUUUUAAUAGAUAUAUUAAUUUUAGUUUCUAGGACUGGUAAAGCUUUCAAGCCUUAUGAAUGAAAACUAACACUCACUCAAAACCCAGUUGCCUACUUUGUAGGCACCUCCAUUUCAGACCAAGAAAGACCUUAGCAAAAUGUACACUCAAUUUGGUUGCCCACCCUCUGCUUGCCAGAGUUAUUCUGUGGCAUUUUCCGCACACAGUGUGCUAUGUCUGUUUGUUGAUACAUGUUUAAUCACUUGUCAUUUGAAGAAGUUGCUUAACACACUAAUUAUAUAAUUGCCAUUUCAAAAUACAUUUCCUUAACCAUUGUACAAGACAAAAUAAUGAUAUACACAUGUUGCAUCUGAAGAACUGUGCUUUUGCCAAAGUUCUGUUCGCCACCUAACUUUUCCAGUUCUCUUGAAAUAACAGCACAUGGCUGGCAUUACGCAUUUACCUAGUACAAAGGAAAUUUCGUAGGUUUUUGUUUGCAUAAUCAUCUGACAAACCCUGGAUGUACAUAGUGCAAGUAGAAACUAAAUUGGACAUCCUACACCCCUUCAUUUCAAGGAUUCAUUUCAAGAAGCCAGGAUCUCAUCAUAAAUGUUCUGACCAUAGUCUUAAAGGGAAAUUAAGGGGGUCAUGUUCAUAACUACAGGGGAAUAGCCAAGCUUAUGUACUGUGAAAUACAGUGGGGUAACAAAACUGAGCACUCUUCUCUGUCACCACUUUAGUUUCAUCAAAUCGGUGCAGUUUUCCUCUGACUCAGAGUUUAAACAACUUCUCCCUCUUCUUUUUGGGAUAGCUCUACACAGCACAACCAGCCCUAGUGGUGAGUUCCUCUAAGCACUUCUAUAAACUUGGACUGUCUUCCAGCACCAUGUUCCCACAGCAAACUCUGGUCAUGUGUUGCAUAUAUAUAACUUACACACUCAUUUCUUUGUAGUUUGGCCCAUGUUUUUUAGCACUGAGGCACUUUUCUCAGUCUGUUGUAGGGAAACUCAUGUCUAUUCUGGGUGGGGGUAGGAAUACUGGAGGAACAAAGGAAUAGCUUAGUCAAGUAAUGGGAAAAGUAUAAAAGUAGUGAUACAUGCAUAUUUAGUGCAAAUUAUGGCAAAUUCCUGUCCAAUUUAAAGUUCAGUUCUAAAGUUGCUGUCUUAGCUGUGCUACCUGUAACACGGAUAGGCAGAUUAAAGGUCUGGUUCUUUGCUGAGCAUGAGGAAGUUGUGGAGCCCUAUUUAGGAGCUCUAAGAUUAAACUUGGUUCCUAGACAUCUCUGGUGCAACAACAUUCUGCUUUCUUCCUUGGAUGUUUUUUAAAUACAUCAUCAAGAAAGAGCUGAAGAUUUGCCCUAGCUUGAUGGCUAAUGGUUUACCUGAGAAAAUUACUUCACUUUCCUUUUUUACAUUAUUGCCAUUGAUGCCCUGUGUCAAACAUCUCCAGUCAAAAAGGUGUUUAUCUUCAUUCCUAUAAGUCAUUUAGGAUAGCAUCUGAGUCUCUCUCUUGUCUCCCAAACUCAUUUCAUGUACAGGUUUUUGUAGUCACACUAGAUUUCUCAGAUCAUCGAGUCAGAACAUCCUACUUUUUGAGACAGGAGGGAGUCACCAACCAACCUUCUCUUCGAAGCAUCAAAUGUGCAAUAUCCUCGCUUGAUACAGGAAUUCCUACAUCCCCAGAAGCUCCGUAUGUGCUUGUGUCUUCCAUUUUGUAGCUCUUACAGACCAUCUGUGUUCCAAUACUAAUGUUUCAUUCCAGCAAGAUCCCUCACAUAUGCUAAAUCUAAGUCUACUUCCAAGUAAUUCACUCUCUCAAGGAUACAGGACUUGAGAUAAUAAACACUAAAAUGGAGGUAUCAAGCAAAACCAAAACAGUGAACUCUUAAGUUAAACUUUAAUUUUUAUACGUAUUUCUUCAUAUUCUUUCUUUGUCUUUCCCAUCAUUAGAGAGACUGUGAGACCUAGUUUUCCACAGAUCGUUACGGCUGUACAAAUAAUUGAUUUUACAGGCUAGAAUCCCCUCUCAUCCUUCAUGCCCUCAAAAAAAACAGUUCAAGCUGGUCCAAAAUAAAGAAAAAAAAAGCCUCUAGCCAAAAAAAAAAUAAUUCAUUUUGUAUUCCGGCAUUUGUAGUGAAGCUAGGAAAAUGGCUGAGAUUCACAGAACUGUUGGGAAAGAUUAUGGAUUACUUUACCUACAAGCUCAGUGGUUCACACACUCAUGCGAGGUGCAGAAGAUGUACAUUUUAUUCCAUGCCUGUCCCUGUGUGAGCAUGAACCCUCUGUAGGAACCCUCCUCAUGCUGCAGAGCGGCACAGAUGGGUAGCUGCAGGAUCACCAAGUGAUAACCACAGAGUAGUCAUCCUCUUCUUUGACUCACUAAACAGUGUGCUCAGUAGAGCUGCAUGAGCAGAAGAGUUUGGAGAAAUUCUCAUUUUGUAAUAUUAAAAAAAAUGGCAGUUAGGGUGCUGAUCUGAAAGGUGAAAAGAAGGAUUUAGAUCCUCCUGGGAGUGAGAGAGUCUUAAGCUCUGAUUUUCCACAGCCUAGUAUUGACCAUCAAGUGAAUCUUGGUUUUCACUACAAAUGGCCAAACCUGAGCAAACUAAAAGGGAUAACUUCAAAGUUUCUAAAGUUGUUUACAGUUGAAAUUGCAGAAUGCUCAUCCAAAGUCUGGGUGCAGAUUUAACCAAUACAAAACUUGUUUUUUAUUUCCACUGUAUACAUCUACAACCAACCCCAUCCCUGCCACCAGUAGGUAUCCAGCUGGUGGCGGCAUUGUCCAAACCUCCCAGCCACAUGCUCCUCAUGGCUGGAAGCUGCCACAUGAACCCCAAGCACAGAUUUCUAGGUCAGGCUACAAAGGCAAUUUGAGGUAGUAAGUCAUGUUCAGCUGGCGUCACUGUGUUCCUCAAAGGUACCCAGAAAGUCAUCUUCUUCCUCCCUUGUGUAAUUCUUCUAAGCAUAAGCUGCAGAUGAAAUGAUAGCUUCCCUUCCUCAGCAUUCAGCUGUCUAUAAAAAAGCUUUACAUUUGCUUCAGGAUUUUAAAAACUUGGUUACAUGGCAUGGAUUCAUAAAGGCCAUCUUGGCACAGGUUUAUACCUCUGGUGUUGCUGAAUCUCUUGUAUUGGCAGCUUGAUAAAGGAAGACAAAUGCUGAAAGCUCAGUUCUCUGAGUAGUCCAUGUACUUAUCACACCUCAGCUAUUUACAUAAAAAGCACACCUUUUGCUGAUAGUGGCUACAAGGCUCAUCCCAGUAAUGGAAAGAUUUUAGCUGGUUUGUGAGAUCAUAGAAAGCCCAUUUAACUAUUGCUUCAGAAUGUCAGGCUGUUCAGCAAGUCAGUCCUAUUUCAGAUGACUCCCUACAUGUUUCAAACUUUAACAUUUUUUUGAAUAAUUGGGGUAAUUUUUUGUAGCACAGCAUGCUGAUUGAAAUUACGAAUUGGGGAGAUUUCUGUGUUGUUGUAUUUGAUUCAAUACUCCAUUGUCAUUUAUGCAAAGUGGUACAAUAAUACACUGUCAGUCAUUUAGGGGGCAGCUGGGUGUACAUACACGAAGCUUUGUUCAUGCGAGUGGGGCUUCCUAGGGUGUCUCUCUUCAUCAAUGCAGAUAAUACUGCAGAACCUGGGGUUUGAUUUUGGAGUGUGACAAAGAACAGGUUCACUCUUUCAAGUUAAAUAAAAAAUAAACAGAGAUCGGUGUGUAGAACUCUUUUGUCAUCAUGUAUCCAUCCAUGCUUAUGAGGAAAAUAGUAGAAAAGAAAAAAAAUGGAAAGCAAUGUUUGCUAUGAUUUCUUAGAUGCAAAAUAGUUAACAAGAAGAUAUGGGUUUGAGAGAGAGGUAAGGAAAUCAAAAGGAGGCAUCAAAUGUUGGCUUGACCCAAAAAUGCUUUAAUCCCCAUUUGCCCUUAUAGAACAGAAGUAUUAGCACAGAAGAAGCCUGACAUGCUGGCAAAUACACAAUUUAGACAUGUCAAAAUACUUUGAGAAAAUUUCCAAAAAAAUGAAUGUUUUUUGGCCCUCAUUUAAAUAAACAGGAUCUUGUGGAGUUUUUUGGAACUCUCCUGAUAAAUAACACUUAAACCCCUUUUGAUCAAAUACCAUUUCUCAGGCAAUUACUUGUUCUUAAUUUAGAGGCCAGUUCAAAAGAUUGCUUCUUACCAUCAUUUAGCAAAGGUUCAACUGCUGCAGUUUUCUGAUCCUUUUAAAAAAGGCAAGCAGGGAGAGUUUACAUAAUAAAAGUUCUUUUUUUAUUCUCAAAUUAAUUGUUUUGAAAUAUGUCCCAGAUUACAUCAGUUUCUUACUUGCAUUCAUGUUGCAAGAUGGCGACUAUUGUAUAUUGUUAGUGAUGCAUUAAAUUAGUUGUUUACAUUAUAAAAUCUAAAUAUAUUAGAAUCUUUUGUGUUUGUCUUCAAAGAUUCCUAUUCUAAUAAAGCUUUCUGAAACAAGUAAGGUUGUCUUUUUUGUUUAGUUAAUGCAUCAGUGGAGAACCUAAAAAUUUGUAGCCUUUAGCCAUUCCGGUCUGUGUUUAGUAGAGUGUAAGGAAAUUAUGUUUGGGAAAAUAUAUAUUUUCAUUUAAAAGGGAAAGUUAUACUUUUAAAUUAAUCAUUUUGCGUUUAGAAAAGGUAACACCUGAGACAAAUGUAGAUGGGAAGAGCUGAAAUUAAUUUUCUUUUCUCAAAGACUGUUUUGCUGUGACUUUUAAUCAGAGUAAAAGAACUAUGUAUAGUGUACUGAAAAUAAAAAUUUUGGCUGCAUCCUUCGUAUUUCUGGUGGCUUUGUGUCUCUUUUCAGGUCAAAUUGUCUUUGAGGCUUAAGUGAUAUAAGACCAAUAUUCAGUAAAUAACAGUAUUUGGGAUUUUAAAGAAACUUGGCAAUUUGGACUCUCAGUUUUGCUCUCUAACAAAUGUUUUAGGAGAGACGAGAUGUGAAAAAUAAAAGCCGCCAGCUUUAAUGUGGCUGGAGCUGCUCUGUGAAAGUGAUUUUCACUGUUGGAGGAAGUUCAUGGACACAUUUUUAGCAGCAAAGGAGCUUCUUGAAGAGUCAGCUGAGCAGCGUGGCAAUGAAUGCCCACACUUUCCCCCCAACACUCUCCUUUUAAGUGCAAUAUGUCUUAGUUCUUCAGCUAGAGAAAUGACUGCUCUAAUACACUUUUUAGGUCUUACUGCAUCUGCCUUAGGAAUCUCUGUUUUGAUAUGUUUAGACAUUCCUCUUCCUAUCUUAACAGUGUUGCCAAGUCAUGAUAAAACAGGAGGGUUUUAUUUACCUGUCAAAAACCAAAAUAACUUGCAUGAAGCCAGUGACCAAGUAAAAUUGUCACAGUUAUACUUUAUAUCAACGUAUGUCACUGAAAGGAAGAGCAGCAAGCUAACUGUUGAGUUAGAAGCAAAUUAUUUUCUGUGUACAAGAUAUGCCUUUGAGGAUAACAAGCCAAGAGCACUUCAUAUCUAAAUAGCCUCUAGAACAUACAGCAAUAUGGCAAGAAUUGAGUUAUGGUGAGACUUGGGAAAUGUGACAAAAUAAGCAGUGGAAUGAACAGAACAGUCCUGAAACCAGUUGGAAAAACAGGAAGUAUAGAAUUUGAUGAAAUUAUGAAAUAUCUUGAGGAACAUCUUGUUUCUGAUCAUGACUAAACAGCGAGAAAAAUGAUAAGGAAUAAACUGGCUGUUUUCAAUAAAACUUCAACUUCAGACAAAAAAGCUAAGUGAUUAAAAGCUACUUAAGACUGUUUUGAUUAAAUAAAAAAAGGUAGCAUUUUGAAGUGUAAGAUUAAAAAAAAGGAAUAUAAUUAUUUGCUUGAAAGACUUUUUUAAUUGAAAAAAGCAUGAGAAGGUAUGAACCAGUUUGAUGUAACUGCCUGCCAGAAGUUGUUUCAAAGGUUAUCACUUACUGAGAUAUUUAGGCAAGAUGUGUUCCAUCAGCAGCCUAAGGACAGUGCUGUGUGUAACAGGAUAGUAGCACUCAUGAUAACUGAACAGUUUUAGUAAAGUUAAAGGUUAAUAAUGAAGCUUCAAAAAUAAUAAACUGUGAUCCAAAGUGUAAGGUAUGAGUUAAAGCCUUGAGAGAAAAAUUAAAGGUUGCAUUUCAAAUAUAUGCUCUAAUUCUGGAAUUCUGAUUUGAGAUUCCUUAAACUACAGUAUUCAGAAACAAAGAGCACCCACAGCUUUUAAACAACUGCAUGCUUUCUCUUUUUUCAGGAGCUUUACCCAUUCAGUUCAAGAUGAUACUAGAUGAGUAUCCAUGCCACUAGUUCAUUAAGAAAUUCUGACCAAAUGUCUUGAUCCUGUAAACAUUUUCAUAUUCAUAUAGGUCUGCUUAUGAGUCGUCCCAUUAGAUUACCUGAUGAUCCGUCUGUGAAAAUGUACAGGCAAUCAGAAAUGCAGGUUCAACUGAUGUGAAUAGAAGUUGAUCUGAGGUGAAAUACCAAACGUAGCUACAUUGCCUGGGGUUAGUAUCCCGUCUUUAUUUUGGCUGGGAUCUUGUCUAAGUGCAUGAAAGUAAAACACGGCAUCUCUGAACACAGUCACACUAAGAACUGAUGUUCCUACAGUCAGUUUUUUAUGUCCAAACUGCAUGAAAGCUGCAGUUUCUACCCAUAUCUCACUUUUUACAGUAGAACAAAUAAUGUGUAUUUUUAACUGCCUUUUGCUCUUUCAGUUUUCUAAGUCACAGCUGGUACUUGCAUGCACAUUGCCUCCUGCUGGCCAAAAGUAACUGAAGGGGAAAUUUUUGUCAAUGGUUUUAGAAAAAGGUGGAAGGAAGUAUAGAAAAGUAAAGGCUUGUUGGAAUCACAGGAAUUCAUGGCCCUUGUCCUGAUGACAGAUAUGUGUGCUGGGUUGUAUCUUGAAGAGCCACGAUGUCUCACAGGUCUACUUUUGAGUAGUGCCUCUUACUUCUCUCCUAGACCUCCCUUGGAAACCUGGUUCCAGAUCACAAACCAUUUCACAGUUGAGAGAGCAGCAGCCUGGAGUAUCAAAGACUUGUAUUUGACUGAUGGUUUGAGCAAGAGUGCAAUUUUGACAGGGAUGGUCUUUUGUCAGAUGAAACAAGACUCUAGGGCCUAUGUUACAUACUUAUGCGUUCCUGACCACGUUCUCCAUUUCAAGUAAGAAUCAGAAUGUAAGCAAGCCAAGUUACCAGACAAAAGUGGUAUAACCAUGUGAUAUACUUUGGUUUCUAACAUACGAAGAAGUCAGAAAAGGCCUUUCAGGUCUUGAAAUGAACAGUGUGAGUGUGCUGGUAUACUGCGUUUAUGCUGUGAACUUACUUGAAGACCACAUUUCAGAGUUUGCAGCUUAAACUUCCAUUACAUUCUGUGUCUGGCAGAAAAAAGAAAAGGCUCAAUAUCACUCUUUCCCUAUUGUAGUCUGAGAAGUUGUAUGUCUUUCUUCUUGUCUGUUCUGCCUUUUACAGAAUCUUAUUUUUGUCUCCCUGCUAAUCUCUCUCAUAGGUGCUACAGGCCCACUGUUAGGUUACCCAUACCUUCUGUCAUAAGCAGAAUAACUUAAGCUUCUUUAGUCUUGAAAUGCAGAGAUUUUACACACCUUAUUCUUCUAACUCUUUUUCAGAACCAUAUAAUCUGUCAAUAUACCUUUUAAAAUUUGGAGUUUAGAGCUGAGCAUGGUCAAGUUCUAGAAUAUCGAUGCCACCUUUAAAGACAAUAACACUUUCCUGUUUCCUGACAUCAUGCUGACUAUGUGUCUAAGGGUUUGCUGCUGUAGCUUUUGCAUUACUUUUACUAGUGUAGUUUGUUCCUUUUUUAAAAUUUUGUCCUUUUUUUUUUCUGGAGUAAAUGAGCUGCAUCUGAAUGAGAUGGAACUUGCAUCAUUGCAGAUUACCUGUUGAAAGUUCCAUUUUUAUAAUGAUUACGUGUCAACAUUACAGGUUUGCUCUGAAAUAGCUGCUUUUUUAUAAUUUAUUGCUCUUUGCUGGGGAGAAAGCAGUGAAUGCAGCAAGAAUGCAUUCUCUGUGUUGAAAGUAGGUCUUCACAUAUAGAAAACGAGAUUCCAUUUCCCCUAAAUUUCAUUAUUUCAGGAGUUGCAUUCCUUCAGUACUGGGAGUAAAGUUCAAAAUGUUAAUAUGCUGCUAUGAUUAGGAUGCUUUUGAUGAAUGUGGUCUGUAUGAGGCUGGGCUCCUGUUCAGAAUCAAUCAAUCAGUGCCCGUUGAGUUGUUGUAAGUAAAGCUCAUUAAAAGUUGCAUUUGCUGAGGAUGUAUUUGUGUUCUCUAAAUAAUCAUUCUGUAUAUUCUCUAUGUAAUAUCCUUACCUAGUCUUAAACAUUACGGAUAAAAUAAAUCUUAAAAAAUGCAAGUUUUCUUUCUACAAAUGCACGGGAAGCAAUCCUGUGGAAACCAAUUGGUCAGUCCAGUCUUAGGUCAAAAUACGAUUUUGAAUAAAAUAAAACUAAGGUUAUGAGUGGAAACAAAAUUAUUACAAAUUACCUCAGAGCGAAAAAAAUAUACUGACAUGCUGUCUGUACAACAUAGGAAGUAAUGUCUAUAUUUUAUGUCCAUUUUUACAGAAAUUGUGAAAAAUUACAAGUCAAAUUACAAAGCACUUAUGCAAGUAGUUAAAAUUGAUUCCCAAGGAUUACUUGUACGUUAAGGUCAAGCAUUUUCAAGAUCUGCCCCAGACUAUAUGCAUCUAUCAACAUACUUAAAACAACUUGUUCCUAUGGUGUAUACUCUAUAAAUUAAUAAUCUGUGUAUACAUCAGAUACACAAUCAAAUGAUAUUUCACGUUUGAAAUAUAUUUAAAAUAUUUUGAUAUGAACUUCUUCAGUACCAUGUUUUUUCUGCUGAAAUCUGAGAUGAUCUCUUUAAUUGUGUAGUGUUGUAUUUCAGUAAUUCAAGUCACAGUGCAGGUGGUACAUGCAGUUUACUGAUGUUAGAGAUAGUAUUUAAACAACUCCAUGCUCAGAGGUAGUAUAUCAAAAGUUUUUAAAUUGAGGGUGACAGGAACUGGUGCUGCACUUUCAUGUUAUCCAGCAAUGUGGAAGAAUUUUGACAUACAGCUGAAAUGAUAAAACUACAUCAGUUUUACUGUCUGACUUAAUUUGACAUGAAUUUCAAAGGUAUUUGGAAAUUAUUAAAUUGUAUGCUACAUUUGGAGAAUUUGCCUUCCUAAGGGAAAUUUUUUAUGAAGUCUGAAUUGAAAGGGCUUAUGAUCUCAAACCAUUGCAUAAAGCUGGUAUAUUUUUUGGUAGAUGUCCUUUUAUGUUUAAUUUGCGAGUCAUGCGGAAGCUGUAGUUUCUGCAGGAGCUGUUACUAUAGAAGUGAAACACACUGCUACUAACCUGCCUACGUUAUUUUACAAACAUGCUUCUGCCACUGAUACAGGAAGAGACUGGCCUGAAAAUACAAAAGAUUACUUCAGAUAAUCAGUAUUUUGUGUACAUAUAAGAGUUAAAAUUGAAAACCAAAGGUAACAACAGGAAGCCCAGCGUAGUUUGGUGAUACAAAGUUGGUUCUAAUUCACAUCGUAAAUGAUGCGAUUUGUGCAAGCUCAGUAAGUCUUGUCGAAUAUUUACUGCCUUUUGACAGAAAAACCAAGAAAAGUUUCUCUACAUCUUUUUGUGGUGUUGCUUAAUACUGAUGUGGCUCAAAUUGCAUAGCUGUAAGCAAAGAGAUAAACACUUUUUUAUAGAGUAAAAACUGUAUGUAAUUUAAAAUUUUCUGUGAAUAUUUAUAUUUCUUCAGGAUUCUGACAGCUGUGACCCAUUGGACUUAAUUUACUUUAGUGCUUACAUGUAUGCGUGGGCCAUAUAAAAGAAAUGAGGAUUUCAAAACUUAACAAAAUUAAUUACAAAAAAUUCUAUAAAAAGUCGUGAUUGAAAGUUAUUUUUUAAAGUCCUUUUGAAAAUGGCUUCUUGGGUUUUCAAUUUAAACUUUUUGUUUAGUUAAUACGAAACAUUUCCCUACAUUUUUAUUUACCGUAAGAUCCUUUAUAUCAGUGAUGCCUUUCUGUCCGAGUGCCAAGUGAUUACUGCAUAGUGAUUCACAAAGUGUACCUCAAUAUAAUAGCAUUUUGUAAUUAUCUGGCAAAAGAGUGGACAAUCAUUUGGUGUUUGCCGUGCUUAUCUGCAGCAAUAACAAAGGAUUAAAUGCUUCCUCACUCCCGUGUUACAGUUCUCAUGCUUUCCCCGCUGGCUCACAUAGGCGAGAGAGUCAUGUUUAUACUGAAUAUAAGGUUCAGCAGAGACUACAGGAGGGAGCUGGUUAUUAAGAAAUCAAUGUAUGUCUCACAUAAGCAAAACCAGUGCCCUGUGCCAUAGUGAGUACUAUUAAACAGAAGCCUGUGGGGGGAAGGAUUAUGGCGUGUGAUUGAGACACCUGUUGAGAAAAUAGGCAACUAUUGACAACUCUGAUUCAUGACUGAGUGACUGCUCUGCUAGUCUUCACAUGAUCCCCACCGAGAGCGAGCCUCGACCGCCUGCUAAACAAGGGCUGUUUGAAGUUUCUUUUUAACAUUUCCAAGACGUUAAUUCAGCAGGACAUCUCCACUGGGGUUCUCGAUGUCACCAAAUCAGCAGCUGUUGAAAUCCAUUCACUUCAGCAUGAAAUGUUUGCAUAAGUUUUUUCUUUUUUUCUUUUAUUUGUGACAACAGCAAAGUAAAUAGAACCCUAAAAGUCCUGCACUGCUCAACUCGGGUACGUGUGAGAACAGCUUCUGGUUGCAAUUGUAGCUGCUAAGGCAAAAUGUUUAUUUGUAGAGAACAAUGACAAUUGGAGUAGUUUAUUAUGAUACACAUAAAAUCCUGAUUUUAAUAGACAUUUCUGUGACUUUUUUCCAGGAUAAACAUUCAGUUAAUUUUUGUACCAGCUGUCGAACUUCUGUAAAAAGGGUUUUGAAAUAGAAUUGUCUUUGUUUUUCAAUUAAAAAAAAGACCCUUAAAAGUCUAAAAGCAAAUGUUUCCUAUUUUUUCCAGUUAGCAAAUGAAACGUUCAUGGGUAGGAAAACAUUUUAUCUGACUCACAUUUCCCUGAGAAAACAGUUUGUAUCGUAGAAUUAGUUUAGUUUGAAGGAGAAACAGAACAAGGCAAGACAUGUAAACAUAUUACAAAGCUUACUUUGAUGUUUAAAUACUUUUUUUUUUCUUUUCCUGGCCAUCUGAAAAAAGGUGUGGUGAAUGUAGUCAAUUGUAAAUAGAAACUCUGUAUUUUCAGUCAGCUUCAUUGUUAAACCCGAGAACUGCUGACCACAUAUGAAGACUCACAGUCUGAGCCAUCCCUCGUCUGUUUAUUAAAUCUGGUAAAACUUAAGUGUAUUUUUACAAGUUCAUUAAUGUAUUCCAUUCUCUCUGAUGUAUUUUUUCCCACUAUUAUCAGAUUUCAUUAUAUGGGAGGAAUUAUCAGAUCAGCCCCAUUAUACAGCCGAGCAGCGUUAAGUCUGAUUGGAAUUUGGGCUUCCCUCCAUUUACAGGGGGAAUAUUGUGUAAAUCAGACUCUCGGGUUUCAGCGAGAGGCACAGGGCUGCACAGCAUCCAUUUGUCAAGUUGAUUGCACCUCAGCGAGGUUGCAUUAGCUUGUCUUUGAACAGAAGUGAAAUCCUAUGCGAAGCUCCCCUUUCUGUCAUUUACACUAACAUCCAUCCUCUUAAACCAAGGCCUCAGAGAAAAAACAAAGUGAUGGCACAAUAUAAUCAGUCACUCAGGUUGUCUGUCAUCUGUUUUCUUAAGGAAAUGACUUUUAAGUUAGUGGAGCAGAAAAUUGAAGAAAAUUAGCAGAAGGUUGUUGUGGAAGCAGGAGGAAUUUUUUAAAAUUACAGAUGUACGUAGAGAAGCUCAAUCGCUUACAGCAAGUAGAAAUGCUGGUUUUUAGUUUAGCGCUAACAUAAUGCCAGCAUACCCAACAAGUAAUAAUCCAACUUUUAAUGAAUAUUUAUUCAUAAACUUCAAUUGGGCUGUAAACGCACAAUAAAAGGCUGGUAUGCACAUUUUCAGCUUUUAUAUCAGUGACUGUGUUUUAUGAUGCUGAAUACUCAAAUAACCUGCACUCUUUUCCGCAUGUCAGGAAAGCUGCCUACAUAUCUCAGAAAUGUUAAGCUGCAAAGGCUGUUGUAAACAGCUCUGUGAGGAGGCUUGUAAGUUUUUUGAAAAUCAGAAAACUGGAUUUUUAUUCUGAUGCAAAUAGCAGCAGUAACUAACAUUACUUGUUUUAAGCUUAUGUACAAUUAAAUUCGUACAGUACUGUUGCAACUGUUCCUACAGGGCUAACGUGAAUGAAGAUAAGAUAAAGGUGUACAUUUUUCACAAGGUAAAAAGCACCACAUUUUAAUAUACUUCUUUUUCUCUCAUCCUCCUAAACUCUUCUUUUAUCUACUCUGGAAGUAAGUUUUUAAUUAGAGAUACUUUGGUUUUACUUCAAUCAGUAAGAAAAUCAGUUUUGUCCUGUGCAUUGUAAGAGAACAUUUUUCAGUGUGGUGUUUUUUUAAAGGAACGUUGUGCAUGGGUGUUUUAAGUUCGAGCAAAAUAGCACAUUCCUAGUUUAAAAUAAAAGCUGUGACCUCUUGCAACAAACUGGUGUGAAUUUUGAAUUUAUUUAGUUAUUUUGGAAUAGAUAUGCCUUCUAAAGUCUUUCUAGACAUGCAGUAAGUGAUGUGACUGGCAUCCGUCAAAUCUACUUCUUUUUCUCCCUUCUUCAUUCUGCUCAAGGGAAAAUUGCAUGUGGUCUUUAUUUGUUUAUGUGAUGCAGAUAUAGUAGUCUAAAUCUUACAGCUCCAUAAUAAAAAUAUUACUGAUCUUGGUUGGGAAGCCUGUUUUCUUAUACGUCAUUUUCCUUAUAUUCAUUUUUGUCCAUUCUUUUCUGCUAGACGUAGAGGCAUAAAACCUCACAAAACAAGUGAGGUUAUUAAACUGCUUCAUCUUAACAUGCCUUGGAAGCUUUAGAUACAAUAUGAUAUGACAAUACAAAAUUCUGAUAUUGAUUUAUACAAAUGUAGUGGCACAUUGUCACUUGGAAAGAGAAAGGAAAUGCGGAAAAAAAAAAAUGUUACUAUCUUAAAUAUUAGGCAAAGCAUAUUUUUAUAAUUUUCAUGCAGAACUAUAGCUUGCAGUUAGUUUAAUUUUUCAGUAAGUAUUAGAUUUUUCAUAUGUCCCUUGAAGAAAAGUUAAAUUGGCUUCACAGUCUUGAAAUCACUUAAAUUUGAAUAGUUUUACUCAACAGAAAUGUUAUAUACACUAAAGUUAGUCAGAUAUGUAAGGGUUUGCAGGAUCAGAGCGUAAAUGGAUCCACGUUUCUCCUCAAAAAUAAGUCUUAAAAGAUUUUGGAAGGAAAGUAAUUUUGAACACAGCAUGUAAACUUAUAUAAAAAGUUACAGAUUAUAGAAAGUACGCUGCUCAUGUAACUCAUGUUUCAUUAAGAUGUAUAUUACUCAAGGUUGUGAUAUGAAGAUGAUAAUGGCUGCAUUUUACACUGUUUUCCCUUUUAUAACCUAAUGUUAACAUUUAGGAAUUUGGGAACUUGAGAGCCCUAGUAGAUCAAUCUUGAUUAGUUUAUUUUUCUUUGUAAAGAUUUUGAUAGCCUGGUAAUGCUUUUGUUUGAAAGAGUAUUCUUUACUUCCUCUUGUGGGGGAUGAAAUAUUGUUACACCCAGCUCUUCCUCUGAAAUAGUGAAAAACAAUUUAGGUAACUGAAUCUUUGAUGAGGAGAACUUAGCUUGGAAAGUCUGGCAUUUAAUUGCCCUUUUACUCAUAAUUCUUCUGCGUUUAACCUCAAAGGUGAUUUAAAAAGUUACAUCUUAAUUGCAUAGCCUCGUUCAAUCAUUAGUACUUUGCCUUGCAGCAAUUUAUUACGACUUUAUUUCCCUGAACCAUCAAUGAAGAUGAUGCUGAAUUUUAUAUUAGCCAAAUGUCCUUUUGAAAUGAAUGUGGUAAUAUAGAUUUUAUGCACGCUUUUUCUAGUUUAAUAUUGGUGUUACAGAUUGGGGCUGUAGGUAUAUCACAACUGCUGAAGUAAUUUAGAGAAUGCUGUGUGUAUUGCUUCAAGUGCUGAUGCCAAAGAUUUAUCUCAAAAUGUGCAUCUGCAAGAGGAAAUACUAGCAGGGCAUUCUCUGUUGUGCUCCUCUCCAGCUAUUUUUACAGCUUACUCACACAGUGUUUUCCCCUUUGAAGAUAAUAGUUGGGCUCCUGUUGUGAGGAAAGCACUGCGGUCAGAUGGGAGAGGAGAUGGGGAACUGGGCACAAGAGAGCUUUGCCACAAAUGCCACCAUUAACAUUGGGCAAGUCGCCCUUUAAAUUGUAUUCUUCUUUCAUAGCAGUCUUUUGGAGACUCCUACAUUCUUAAAAUUUUUAAGGGCUCCAGCUACUAGGGCUAUGAAAUACCAAAAAUCCCUUGUGUCGGUGCAAGAUCAAGGUAGAGUUCAUCAUGAGCAUCUUCCUGUUGUGUUCUGUAAUUCAUAUGCAUAGAUAUUUAAAUAUGCUGGAUAGAAAGCGUGGAGAUCCUUUAUGCUCAUAAUGUCAUUAUUUAAAAAUUAACCUCUUUUCCAUAUAGGAUACAGAAUUUGGGUAGUUUCUAUGCAAAUUCUCACAUUAGAACUGGCAGCUGCUGGCACAAGCACUUCUUGCACAAGGCUGAGAGAGGUUUCAAUGGAUGAGGCUACUCUGAUGAAUACUUAAAGCCAGGUGUGCUGACGCCAGUGCCAAAAGUGCCAUCCUGCCUUCCCUCCACUCUUGGCUGCUCAUUCCUGACCCUCUACCAUGCUUUCCUUUGAGCUAUUGCAGCUGUUUAUCCUGCCAGCAGCGAGGGAGAGGAGGCGACCGCUUCCUUUGCUCACAGCGCUGGCACAGCCAGCACAAGUGAUGGUCUGGCUGUGGACUCUGGAGCCAGCUCAGAGGGGUACGUUAGGCAAACCAGAAGGGGCUGCACAACAUCCCAAAAAUGCAAAUUUUUGGCAUGCGUGUUUGGGUGAAAUACUGUGGAACUUGGUGGAUGUUCCAUCCUUCCUUUAAAGAACAGGUAAGCUCAUGCUUACAGUGGUUCAAAUAACAGCAGCCUCCACUCUCACCCCAGGCACAUAUCACCCCCCAAAAAUAUACAGGUAUGGGGGGUGCAGCGGGACUCAGGCAUUUGAAUUAGAUGGAAGGGUAUGACUGGAUAUUAAAUUAAUCUGUAUGAAAAUCAGGUAUA